AUGGAGCAACUGACACCCCCCCCACGGCCUGGGGACCCCGGAGCCAUGGAGCCGUGGGCAGUGCCCCUUUGGCAGAGCUGGACUCCAGGGCAGGGGGGCGAACCUGGAAGCACAGCCCCAAGCGUUGCUGAUACUCCGGCAGCUCUGCAGUUUGGAAAAUCGAGGCCUGGGGAGAUCUCAGAGCCUGAGGGAGCCCAGAGACCCGGGCCUGUGGAGGGCACUGAGUCUGAAGGGGCAUUGGCUGGGCUGCCCACCCCAGGGCAGCAAGCAGAGAGCCCUGGACCCAGCUGCCCAAAGCUGGAGGACGAGGAGGUGGAAGCUUUCGCUAAGGCCAAGCUGAACACAGGCUUUGGGGACAGGCCCAAUCUGGAGCUGCUGAGGGCUUUGGGGGAGCUGCAACAGCGCUGUGCCAUCCUGAAGGAGGAAAACCGGAUGCUGAGAAAGAGCAGCUUCCCCGAGACGGAGGAGAAGGUUCGGAGGCUGAAGAAGAAGAACGCUGAGCUGGCGGUCAUUGCCAAGCGCCUGGAGGAGAGGGCCCGGAAGCUGCAGGAGACUAACCUCAGGGCGGUGAGUGCCCCAUUGCCCCGUCCGGGGACCAGUCUGGAGCUGUGCCGGAAGGCCCUGGCCCACCAGCGAGCCCGGGACCUCAGUGAGACAGCCAGCGCCCUGCUGGCCAAGGACAAGCAGAUUGCCGCCCUGCAGCGGGAGUGCAGGGAGCUGCAGGCCAGGCUCAGCCUGGCCGGCAAGGAGGGCCCCCAGUGGCUUCACGUGCGGGACUUCGACAGGCUCCUGCGCGAGUCCCAGCGGGAAGUGCUGCGGCUGCAGAGGCAGAUCGCCCUGCGCAACCAGCAGGAGACCCCGCCUUCGCCCAGGCCCUCGGGCCUCGCUGUCCGGGCCCCAGUAGGGGCGCCCGCACCCGGGGCCCCGGGAGAGGCCACGCCCCAGGAGGAUGUGGAAAACCCACAGGUGGUCGUAGCGCAGCCUGAGAAACUGCAGAGGGUGCAGCAGCUGGAGUCAGAGCUCAGCAAGAAGCGGAAGAAAUGCCAGAGCCUGGAGCAGGAAGCCAGGAAGAAGCAGAGGCGAUGUGAGGAGCUGGAACUGCAGCUGCGAGAAGCCCGGAAUGAGAAUGCCCGCCUCGUGGAGGAGAACUCUCGGCUCAGUGGGAGAGCCACGAAGGAGCAGGUGGAGUGGGAGAAUGCGGAGCUGAGGGGCCGGCUCCUGGGGGUGACAGAGGAGAGGGACUCAGCCCUUCGCAAGAGCCAGGGCCUGCAGAGCAAGCUGGAGAGCCUGGAGCAGGUGCUGAAGCACAUGCGGGAGGUGGCCCAGCGGCGGCAGCAGCUGGAGGUGGAGCAUGAGCAGGCUCGGCUCAGCCUGCAGGAGAAGCAAGAGGAGGUCCGGAGGCUGCAGCAGGCCCAGGCAGAAGCCAAGAGGGAACAUGAAGGGGCCGUGCAGCUGCUGGAGUCUACCUUGGAUUCCAUGCAGGCCCGGGUUCGAGAGCUUGAGGAGCAGUGCCGCAGCCAAACUGAGCGCUUCAGCCUCUUGGCACAGGAGCUCCAGGCCUUCCGCCUGCACCCUGGCCCCUUGGAUCUGCUCACUUCUGCCCUGGGCUGCAGUGCCCCUGGGGACCGCCUACCACCCCCUUGUUGCUGUUCCACCCCCCAACCCUGCCGGGGUUCCAGCUCCAAAGACCUUGACCUCCCACCGGGCUCUCCAGGGCGCUGUACCCCAAAGUCUUCUGAACCUGCCUCUGCCACCCUUGCCGGGGCCCCUCGAAGGACGGCUAAGAGGGCAGAGUCUCUCUCCGACUCCUCUCGCUCUGAGACCAUCCACAACAGCACCAAGUCCUGCCCUACACCCGAGGUGGACACAGCCAGUGAGGUGGAGGAGCUGGAGGCAGACAGUGUCUCCCUGCUCCCAGCAGCACCAGAGGGCACCCGGGGAGGAGCCAGGAUCCAGGUCUUCCUAGCACGCUACAGCUACAACCCCUUUGAGGGCCCCAACGAGAAUCCGGAGGCAGAGCUUCCACUGACUGCGGGGGAGUACAUCUACAUCUAUGGCAACAUGGACGAGGAUGGCUUUUUUGAAGGGGAGCUCAUGGAUGGCCGAAGGGGCCUGGUCCCCUCCAAUUUUGUAGAGCGUGUGUCUGAUGACGACCUCCUGACCUCCCUCCCUCCAGAGCUGGCCGAUUUGUCACACAGCUCUGGCCCUGAACUCAGCUUCCUGAGUGGAGGUGGGGGUGGCAGCAGCAGUGGGGGCCAGAGCAGCGGGGGGCAUAGCCAGCCCCGACUGGAGGAGGAGGAUGCAGGCGACGAGCUCAGCCUGAGCCCCCUGCCCGAUGGCCUUGGCGAGCCCCUGGCUAUGCCUUACCCUCGCCGCUUGGAGGUCCUCAAGCAGCUGGCCCACAGCAUGGUGCUGGCCUGGGAGCCGCCCCCUGAGCGAGUGGAGCUGCACGGCUAUCAUAUCUGCGUGAAUGGCGAGCUGCGUCAGACCCUGGGGCCUGGGGCACCCCUCAGGGCUGUGCUUGAGAACCUGGACCUGCAGGCUGAGAUCCUCCAUGUUUCUGUCCGGGCCCUCACUAGCCGGGGCAGCUCCGACCCCCUGCGCUGUUGCCUGGCAGUGGGCACCCAGGCCGGGGUGGGGCCUAGCCAGCUUCGGGUCCAUCGACUGACAGCCACGUCUGCUGAGAUCACCUGGGUGCCCAGCAAUAGCAACUUGGCCCAUGCCAUCUACCUCAAUGGGGAAGAGUGCCCACCUGCCUGCCCCAGCACCUACUGGGCCACAUUCUGCAACCUGCGGCCCGGCACACCCUACCAGGCCCGAGUAGAGGCUCAGCUCCCACCCCGAGGGUCCUGGGAGCCAGGCUGGGAGAGGACGGAGCAGAGGGCUGCCACCCUGCAGUUCACCACUCUACCAGCAGGCCCACCUGAUGCUCCCCUGGAUGUGCAGAUUGAGCCGGGGCCCUCCCCUGGAAUCUUGAUCAUCAGCUGGCUCCCAGUCACCAUUGAUGUUGCAGGCUCCUCCAACGGUGUCCGGGUCACAGGCUAUGCCAUCUAUGUGGAUGGGCAGAAGAUCAUGGAGGUGGCCUCGCCCACGGCAGGCAGCGUGCUGGUGGAGUUGUCUCAGCUGCAGCUGCUGCGGGUAUGCCGGGAGGUGGCCGUGCGCACCAUGUCACCCCAUGGCGAGUCAGCUGACUCCAUCCCGGCUCCCAUUGCUCCAGCCCUGGCUCUGGCCUGCCUGCCAGCCAGGGUCUCCUGCCCGUCACCUAGACCAGGCCCGGAGGCCAGACCACCCUUUGCUCCAGCCUCCCCAGGACCUGGAGACCCCAGCUCUCCCCUCCGGCGCCCUGUCCCCCAUGGAACUCGAGAGCCCCCAGGAGCCCCUCCAGCAAGCCCUCCCAGUGAGGCAUCAAGAGGAUCCCAAGAGGAACCUCCAGCCUCUUGCUCCCAGGAAGAGGCUGGGGUAGCAGUGCUGGGUGCCUUGGAGGAGAGGAGGGUCAGCGAGCCAACUGUGGGCGAGAGAGGCCUUGGCCCUGCGGCUCCCAAACUGGCUCAGGAAGAGGCUGAGCGGAGCACAGGAGAGGCCUGCCAGCUGUCCUGCUCCACCCAGGGAGUCCUGGCCCAGUGGACACCGUGUACCGAGGCCAGCCACAGAGACACAGGGUCGGGGCUUCGGGCCAGGGCCGAGAGAGAGGACCCAGCAGAGCUCGGGGUUCGUCCAGUGAACUCCCUUGUGGACCACGGUCGCAGCUCAGACCUGUCAGACAUCCAGGAGGAGGAGGAGGAUGAGGACGAGGACCAGGAGGCACUGAGUUCUAGGCCUUGCUCUUUCCAGAAGCAGGUUGCUGGCAACAGCAUCACGGAGAAUGGGGCCAAGCCCCAGCCUGACUCUUCCUGUGAGACCGACAGCGACGAGGAGAUCCUGGAGCAGAUCCUGGAGCUGCCCCUCCAGCAGUUCUGCAGCAAGAAGCUCUUUAGCAUCCCUGAGGAGGAGGAAGAGGACGAGGACCAACAGGAGGAGAAGCCCGGGGCAGGCCGUUUCUCCCAAGACUCUAGCCUGCCUGAGCCUGCAUUGCUGGGGCCAGGCUGUGACAGCUCUUGGCCCCGAGGAGGUGGCCCGUGCCUCUUGUCUCCCGAGCUCUCCAGGGCCGGGGACCGCCUGGAGGAUGUGCCUGGACUAGUUGGUGGAAGCAGCCGGAGGAGAGGAGGUGGUGCCCUGGAGAAACCCCCAAAUCGCAGGCGGCCCCCAGACUCCCGUGAACACUGCAGCCGACUUCUUGGCAGUGGCGGGCCCCAGCUCUCUGGACGACCAGGCCCCACACGGGAGAUGGGUGGCCCCCCUGUGGGCGAGGGGACCAGGGCCGGACCAGAGGCUGGUGGGAGAGGGCGGCCGGCCCCUUCCCGGAGAUGCUUCCGUGGCCGGGCCCCAGAAUCUGGCCUGGCCAGUUGCUUGUCCCCCAAGUGCUUGGAAAUCAGCAUCGAGUAUGAUUCUGAGGAUGAGCAGGAGGCAGGCAGCGGGGGCAUCAGCAUCACCAGCUCUUGCUACCCUGGAGAGGGGGAGUCCUGGGGCGCAGCGCCCAUAGGACGGCCCAGAGGGCCUCUGAAGGCCAAUUCAGCCCCCACCCCCUACCCGCGCCUCCCAGCCUGGGAGAAAGCGGAGCCAGAGCGCAGAGGCCGCAGUGUGACAGGCAGAACCAAGGAGCAACCCCCCCGGGCAACAGGGAUGGAGGAGCCCAGAGGGCAGGACAGCUCUGGGCGGAGGGGUCCCCCGCCAGCAGGGGCCCGGGACCGCAGGCCAGGCUCCAGCGAGCCGGGCCCUCCGAGGAGCCCCCCAGAAGAGGUGCUGGCCUACCAGGACCUACCUGUCAGGGUCUUUGUGGCUCUCUUUGACUACGACCCCUUGUCAAUGUCACCCAACCCUGAUGCUGGGGAAGAGGAGCUCCCCUUCUGGGAGGGGCAGAUCUUGAAGGUGUUUGGGGACAAGGACGCUGAUGGCUUCUACCGGGGUGAAGGUGGGGGCCGGAUGGGCUACAUCCCCUGCAACAUGGUGGCAGAGGUGGCUGUGGACAGCCCUGCCGGGAGGCAGCAGCUGCUUGAGUGGGGUUACUUGUCCCCAGAUGUCCUUGUUGAGAGCUCAGGCAACAGUCCCUUUGUGUACUCCACAGCCCGCACAGCUGGGCCUCCCCCCAAGCCCCGCCGCUCCAAGAAAGCUGAGUUGGAAGGCCCUGCCCAGCCCCGUACAGGCCCCCCCAAGCCAGUCUCCUCUGCUGGCCUGAAAGCUGCUCGUCUCAUGGUGGCGGCAUUUGACUACAACCCCCGGGAGAACUCCCCCAACAUGGAUGUGGAGGCAGAGCUGCCCUUCCAAGCAGGGGAUGUCAUUACCGUAUUUGGGGGCAUGGACGAUGAUGGUUUCUACUAUGGGGAACUGAAUGGACAAAGGGGUCUUGUUCCAUCCAACUUCCUGGAGGGUCCUGGGCCUGAGGCGGGUAGCCUGGGCAGGGAGCCUGGGACAACCCCGGCCGAGAGUCAGAGAACGAGGAGCAGAAGAGUCCAGUGCUAGAUGGACAUAGAUAAAUGUAGAGAGAGCAACAUG